AUGCCCAUCUGUCUGCUCUCUCUUCCCAUCGAGGAAGUUCUAAUGUCUAUGGAUAUUGGCGAUUUAAUCGCCUUUUCGGUAUGCUCAAAACGAACCAAAAAUCUAGUAAAAGCUUCCAAUCGAAAAAUGCACCGAAUUGAGGUUUAUGUUGAAGAAAGAUACAUUCGUUUUAGAGUAAUGGAACGAAAUUACUAUGAACUCAUUUCUUUUCACUUUUUCGAUUCCUAUAUCGAAUUGAACCGCAACGAUUUAGUCGAGGUUUGGAGGAAACAAGAUUUCACUCAGAUUGCGCAUUGGAUUGCUCAUUUUAUGAGCAUUUUUGAUGAUUUAAUAGUUGAUUACUUGAACAUUGUCACUGCCAGCCUAUAUUAUCUGGAUACCGUAAAGCAACUCAUUCCAAAAUGUCGCAGACUUCAUAUCAAUGAAAUCUGUUCCAGAGCGUUUACAAAAGACGCUUUUUGGAAAUUAUAUCCCAUUGCCGAGAGGGUGGUAAUCUAUAAGAAUAUAUUUGACGAUGAGACUGAUAAAUCCAAAAUAUUGACACUGAAUUUGAAAGAUUUGAGUUUCAAAGAUUGGGAAAACUCAUUCAAACUGGAGCUAGAUGAUUUAUUGACCCUCAACAUUGCUCGUCUAUCAAUGGCAGCUACAACUAUCACUGAGAAAGCAUUGAACAGAUUUCUGAAACUAUGGAUGAAAGGAAGUCGUACUUUCUACCGGCCGAAAAAUAUAAGAUUGCAGUUAUGGAACGUAGUAAAUCGUGAAGAAGUUUUAAGAGGAAUCAAGUAUCAAAUUCUGUUCUAG